UGCUGCGCCUACUCGGACCUGUCUGUGUCACGGAAGCGGAAAUCGGUGCGUCAGUGUUUUUAUUCCCCUGACUAGCAAACAUGGCCGGCGGCCCCGUGAGUCUCGCGGCUCUGCUUCAGUCAGACUUCGUUGAAGAUGCUUUGUACCGGGACGACGGUCUGUGUGUCGUCGGUAUCUUCGGUAAAAGUAACACGCCGCCGUCUUUACUGAAGGAGUCUCUGGUCAACACUCUGGCAGACAAACACAUCUUCCCGCUCUUCGGCCGCGCGGACGAGGAAACUGCGGACAGCCACAUCCAGGCUUUCUACAACCAGGAGAACCGGGUGCUGUAUCUGCUGCUUUCCUCCGUUUGCGACUUCCGCCAGCUGUUGCGGGCCUGCCAGACUCUCAGCGCCGGCGCCGGGCACUCUGACUCCCACGACUUCUGGGAAGGCCUGGAGAGGCAGCAGUGCCUCCAUCUGCUGUACAUGUUCUCCGUGUGCCAUGUCCUCCUGCUCGUGCACCCGAACCAGACCUUCGACGUGACAUAUGACCGGCUCUUCAGGGCCCUGGACGCCCUGCGGCAGAAGGUGCUGCCUCUGAUCCGAUCGGCCAUCAAGGAUUGCCCGGUGUCCAAAGAAUGGAAGGUGAACUGUCGACCCUGCCCUCCGCGCCUGCUCUUCGUCUUCCAGAUGAACGGCGCUCUGAAGGUUUCUGGGAAUGGCUCGGAGUCUGGAGGAAACCCGGACAAGCCCAAAAAGCACUCUCCCAGGAGGAGGCUGCAGCACGCCUUGGAGGACCAAAUUUAUCGCAUUUUCCGUAAAAGCAGAGUCCUGACCAACCAGAGCAGCAACUGCUUGUUCACCGUGCCGGCCAACCAAGCGUUUGUGUAUGUGAUACCGACAGCAGACGAGGACCCGGUUGGGACCUUGCUCGGUCAGCUGCGCUCCAAUUGCAUCAUGUGCGAACAAGACACCACCACGCUGGUGUCGGGGCCGAGGCGUUACCAGCAGGCGAGGCGUUCGGUUCGGCAGGCCAGCUGCAAUGGAGACUCGGGCCUCAUGUCUCUGGGCAGUCAGCUGGUGGACUGCAGCUUGAAGGAAUUCCUCUGGCAGCACGUGGAGCUGGUGCUCACCAAGAAAGGCUUUGACGACAGUGUCGGUCGCAACCCACAGCCUUCGCACUUUGAGCUGCCGACCUACUCUAAGUGGGUCCAGGUCGCCUCCAGGCUCCACCAAGUCCUUAUCAGUAACACGGAGGAAGAAGUCGCUGAACUGUCCACAAAGGUGAAAAGCCAGCUGAAGGUUUUGGAGGGUUUCCUUGAUGCCGACACAAAGUUUUCUGAGAACAGGUGUCAGAAAGCUCUGCCACUGGCUCACAGUGCGUACCAGUCCAACCUUCCCCACAACUACACCACGACGGUGCACAAGAACCAGCUGGCACAGGCUCUGCGUGUGUACAGUCAGCACGCUCGCGGCGUUGCCUUCCAGCGAUAUGCGCUGCAGCUUCACGAGGACUGUUACAAAUUCUGGAGCAACGGCCACCAGCUGUGUGAGGAGCGGAGCCUGACAGACCAGCACUGUGUGCACAAGUUCCACCUCCUCCCUCAGCCAGGAGAGAAGCCAGACAUGGAUCGCAACCCACCCAUCCUGAACCACAACAGCAGAGGGCGCUCCACCAGCUCCUGUAACUGUGGCAGGAAGCAGGCUCCUCGAGAGGAUCCGUUUGACGUCCAGGCUGCCAAUCAUGACUUCUACCAGAUGCUGGAGGACAAAUGUUGUGGGAAGUUGGAGAGGAUUGAGUUUCCAGUUUUCCAGCCCAGCACUCCUGACCCGGCCCCGGCCUGUAACCAGCCUCAGCGACUCCCGUCCGAGGCUUCUGCUGACACCGAGAGGCUGAAGGAGCCGCCAAGCACAGCACAGAGCCACACGCCCGGAGACACCAGCCUGAGCCUGGCUCUCAGUCUAGGCCAGUCCACAGACAGUCUGGGUACCUAUGGUGACGGAGAGGGAACAGAAACCCAAGUCCAGCAGAAGAGACCGAGCCUUGUCGAUCGGCAGCCUUCGACUGUGGAGUACCUGCCUGGUAUGAUGCACUCUGGCUGCUCUAAGGGUCUCUUACCCAAGUUCUCCAGCUGGUCACUGCUCAAACUGGGCCCAGCAAAGUCAUACAACUGCCACACGGGUCUGGAACAGCCAGGCUUCAUCCCAGGCUCCUCCUUCCUCUUGCCGUGGGACUUGGUCAUCCGCUCUCGGUCAGAGGACGAUACAGGACUGACGGAGUCGCUGGAUGGCGGCUCCUCGUCGUGGCCAGCUCCCAACAAAACCGUGGUGGGAAAGCGAGGGAGCACCGGAGGUCUGGGACGGAGCCGCAGGAGGGACGACAUGGCUCGUGCGUUUGUGGGGUUUGAGUAUGAGGACAGCAGGGGGCGACGCUUCGUUAGCUCCGGUCCUGAUAAAAUAGUGAAGGUGCUGGGACCAGGAGGCGCCAAGGAUCCCGCCACCAGGGUGCUCAACUCUGACAUGCCGCUGUACAUCCCGUCACCCUCUCAGGGCCGAAGCCUGAAGCCUCACUAUGCCCAGCUGACCCGAGUGUUCAUCGUGGUGCCUGAUGCUCCGCUGGAGGUGACUCUCAACCCGCAGGUACAGCCCGGUCCUCCUCCCUGUCCACUCUACCACCCCGAGCAGACGGACAUCGUGUUGCCGCCUGACGGUUUCUGGGUUCUGCGGUUCCCGUACUCUUACGCCACAGACCACGGCCCGUGUUACCCGCCCAAAGAAAACCAACCGCUCAACAACUACAAGGUGCUGCGAGGCGUCCUGAAGGCGUCCACGGCCAACCCUCCACCCCAGUGAACUGAAAGCACUUUCCUGGACACACGCUCACUUUUCGUCUCGAGAAGACGUUUCUGUUUGUUUUCCUGCUCGUGGCACGGUCAGGCAGUGACCUCGCUUUGUGACGUCUUUUUCACCAGAAAAAUGAUUAUUAUUUCUGUAUUCAAGUGCGUUCAAGAUCAUCUCGUAUCAUGCGUUUCUUUUUAUAUGUUUGUUUUAAAAGGUGAGGUUUGAUUUAAGAGAGGUCAGCAAAGUAAGAAGCCAUUAAAGCAGAGCCUGAGGUGAAGGAGUCCAUAAUUAGGCCGGACUGAUCUGGAUCAGAUAACAACAGCAUUGUAUAUACGUGUGUGUGUGUGUGUGUGUGUAUAUACACAUAUUUUUUUGUUUUUUGUAAAUGAAAAUAAGAAUAAAUGCUGUAUCAGACGUUA